UUAUUAACCCUAACCUAAAAAUAUUUGCUGUUGAUAAUUAAGAAGUUGGAUUUUUGUUGAUUUUUUUAUACACGAAAAAAAAAAUGGGAAAAUGAAAACAAUAAAUAUGGAAUUGAUAUUAUUAUAAUAACUGUAUUUAUGAAAGAUGUCGGGACCUAGCUGGAUGAAUCGAAAUCGAAAUUUUCGUUCAAGUAAAUCACGCCGAACAAAAGAAAAUGAUCCUGAUUAUGUGAAAUUAGAUUUAACAAAAGAUCCUAAAGAAAACAUUCUUGAAAUACUCUCCGGGAUCUGUUCACCAGCAUCAAGUGGUAUAUCCGAUGUAAAACUAUUAAAUUAUUUAAACAAUUAUAUUAAAUUAAUUACACAUGUAAACUACGAUUAUACUCAAUUUGAUUUUAAUGUCGAUGAAAUAUUUUGUUGUCUACGCACACCUUGUGUGCAUGAGAAUACGACUAUUCGUACGGCUGGAUUACGAGCAUUACGCUACACGAUCAAAACUGAAGAGCAUGUUCUGAAAUUAAACAGUUUACAAAUACCUUUCCUAAUAACACGAUCAUUUGAUAUAAUUGCCAUAGAACGUACAAACGAUGUUGAACGUAUUCAAGCGUUAAAAUUAAUUCGACGUCUAUUAUUAAUUGCCCCUGAACAUUUUCAUGUAACACUCGGUCGAGCAUUAGUGUCAUUAGCAAAUAAUACACAAGAAGAGAAAGAUCGUAUGUUACGUGCAUGUUUGGGGGCAUUAGCUGAAUUAGGUAUAUUAAAUUCAAAAUUAUUUAUACAAAUCGGUGGUGUUACUGCUAUAUUACGUAAUAUAUUAGAAUGUCAAACACCUCAUAUAGCUGAAUCGUUAUGUGGAACAUUGUUACAUUUAAUGAAUCAACCCCAUACACGUGAUUUAGCUGUUAUUGAUUUACAAUGUUUGGCAGCACCAUAUUGUGAUUUUCAUUAUCGACGGACAACAGCAAGUACAUCUGAAAUGGCAGAAGAAAGAGAAAUACGUUUUAAUUGUAGUCGACUUGCAUUAUUAUCGGUAUUGAGAAGUUGGCCAGGAAUCUUUCAUUUUUGUAAUCCAACGAAUCCCACAUGUUUGAAAGCAAUGGUGGAAAUAUUAUAUUUAGAACAUUUAGAAGUCAAGAAUGCCGUAUUGGAUUUAUUAUAUGAGUUAUUAAAUCUACCUCAACCAGAAUGGACUGAUGAAUUUAGUGUUGCACUAAAUGCGGUAGAUCCAGCCGAUCCACAAGAUUCAUGGCGAUUACGAAAUGGUUUUGUAGCAGCGGAAGCACGUUCAUUAUUACAACAUUUAGCACGAACCACACCAAAUUUAGCUGAAAUUCAUCUUUCUGUAUUAUUGUACAUAUUUAUUGAGGUCGGUCUAUUUACGGCGUUGGCUGAAGUUGUAGUCACUGGUGAUACAUUCAUUUGUGUUCGUGCCACAAUUCUGUUAGGCGUCUUACUACAUUGGACACAUCAACUACUUCCUCCGGACUGUUGUAAUAUCACACCAUCAUUACCAAAUCUUGUCAUGGAUGCAACGCAUAAACAUCAAGCAUUAGCAGCGGUUACAGCUUUACAAGAUUUACACACAAUGUUGAAACAACGGCCUGCAUCGUACAGCCUAUUUUUAGACCAUAUUUUAUUAUCAUCGAAAAAUUUUAAUAAAUCGGAUACACUGAAUAUCAGCACUUCAAUAAAAACGAAAUCAAAUAGUUACCGUUUCAAAAUUUAUCAGUUUAUAAAUAAGGAUAAUGAAAAUUUAUUACGUGAUUCUGCCGUACUACAAAAUAAAGAUGGAUACACAUGGGAUUGGGAUAUAAUACGUUCAAUAUUAAAAAAUAAUUUUGAUAUAACACAAAAAGUGGAUGAGUCCACUUAUAAAGCAUUUAUUAAACGUCUUGUGCAUUAUUUUAAACCAUCCAGUAAUCGAUUUUCACAUAUGGAUUUAAGCUCAUCAAAGCAAGCACAAAAGUAUACGUUAGCUGGAUGCGAUUUAAUACAUUUUUUAUUAAAUAAUUCUGAGCCUGAAGGAAUAAAAUUAUUAACAGAAUUAUUUAAUGAUAUUUCUGAACAAAUUGAAGCAAUCACAAAAUCAAAAAGUGCGCAUGAUUGUCUAUUUAGUCCGCAGCAUAUGUGGAAUACAUGUUGUCAAAUGUAUUUUUUAUUUAUUGGACAUUUAACGCAUUCUCAUACUGGUUUGGAUAUUUUAACAAAAACUGGUGUUUUUGAACAAUUAUUAAAACUCGCUACCUCAACAAAUCACGAUUGUUAUGUAAAAUUAAUAAUAACAAGCAUGGAUUAUACAUUAGAUAGUGGUUAUCCACGUUUAAUAUUACAAAAAACAUUACAAUGUACAUCAAAAGUAUCCCGUUUAUAUGCAACACAGUUCCUAUUAGUAUUGUUACGUGCUAACGUUUAUAAUUUUGAAUCAUGGGGUAUUGAAUUAUUAGUACAGCAAUUAUAUGAUCAAUCAAAAGCAAUAUCAUUACAAGCAUUAAAUAUAUUACAUGAAGCAUGCGAGCAUAAAGUAUAUUUAGAGAAAUUAGUUGAAUUAAAACCAAAUUUAAUACAUAAAGGUUUAGGUGAUAAAGGUUUAUUAUUAUUUAUACGAUUUUUAUCAAUACCAAAUGGUUUUGCAUUUUUACAACAAACCAAUUUUAUUGUUAAUGAAAUUCAACGAUGGAUUACAACUUUUAAUUAUAGAUAUGUACGAAUCGUAGAAGAAGAAUUACAUGAUUCAUUAACAUUACAUCAACGUAAUGAAGAUGGUCAUUACAAUCGUCGUAUAUCAUCAAUAAAAACAGUAUUCCGUAAAGAUAUCUUCAUACCACCACAUUUAUAUGGACAAUUAGUACAAUAUACAAAAGGUUAUCAUUUAUUAUGUGAAUAUGGACAUUUACAACAAAUGUUUAAAUGUUUAGAGCAUGCAUUAUGUGAUACCGAACAAGAGAUAUUAGAAUUAAAAGCAAGUUUAUGGGCAUGUGGACAUAUUGCAUUGUCAUCGUUAGGUGUUGAUUUAUUGUUAACAAAUAAUGUAUUUAAUGCAACGAUUAAUAUUGUUAAAACGUGUCCAGUCUAUUCGAUACGUGGUACUGCGAUUUAUGUGUUAAGUGUUAUGAGUACCACGUAUAAAGGGGCUAAUGAACUUUUUAAAUUAGGUUGGGCAUGUACAAGACACGAUCGACAUGAUUUAUGGCCGGUAAUUGAAGGUGAAAAUUGGGAAUUAGAUAAAUCAAUAUCGCCUAUUCAAGCUAUCUGGUCAUGUUGGCGACGUAGUGGCGACGGUAAAGAAAGUGAAGAAUGUUCGGAUCGUCUAUCAGAAAACUCCAGCAUGCAAUAUUGGACAGAUGAUCAAAUUAAAAUGACCACUGGUGAAUGUAGUCUUCCAGAUGUUGAUAGUAGUGUAACAGAUGAUGAAAUCUUUUUAGCUAUUGAUUCAAACACUUCAACAUCAACUGUUGAUAAUAAAAAAUCCCAAACACUUCCACAUAAUACUUCCAUAAAUCAAAAACAACAACAUACCCGAUCACUAUCUGAAUCAAAAACAAUUGAAGUAAUUAGUCAUAAUAAUAAUAAUAAUAUUAGUAGUCGAACUGAACAAAUACCAAAAAUUAAUAUGCAAACUAAUCGUGUACAUAAUCGACAUCGAGAUGUUUCAGAAUCAAGUACAUCGGGUGUAAGUUCUUGUGAUUCAGUUGUUGGGAAAUUUAAUAUUAGUGAGAGAAUUCAAACUUUAAGUCCAAUACCAAGUUCGUCAAGCUUAAGUACCUUAAAACCGUAUCAUAGAUCCGAAUAUAUUCGACGUAUGCCUUUACAAUCAAGUUUAGAUACAAUGACGAUAUCGCCAACAGAAACAUCGCGUUUAAGUGAACAAGAUGUGUUAGGCUAUGCAACGUUAAGAAGAUUACGUCAUCCAGAUAAACCAUUCGUGGGGGAUACAUCUGAUGAUGAGCUAUCAACGAUGGUUAGUGUAAAUGGUGGUUCUAGUGAUAAAAUCAAAUUCCCUGUUGUGAGUCGAUCAUUAAAAGAUCGUCCGCUUGAAAGUCAACAUACUCAAUUAAGUUUAACAGACAUUGAAGGCAGUUAUUUUCCAAAUCCAAUUCUAACCGGGGGUAGUUUAUCAUCACAAACAAGUAUUACAAAACAAACGAGUUUAUUACGAAAUUUGGAUAAAUGUGAUGGACCAUGCUAUAUGGGAAUAUGUUUACCACGAAAAUUAUUAGAUAUAUUUCCGUAUGAACAUGUAACUUUUCAGAAAUUUCAUACGACGAAUAGUAGUAUUAGUGUUCCAGAUAUAUCCGAGUGUAGCAACAAUAAUCAAAUUUUAAAAACAUCUUUACAUGAUACAAAAUCAUGUUUAUAUUGUUGUCGUAAUAAUUCAUCAAAUUCAACGCCAAAAACGUUAAUUGAUUUAUUUUCUACAACCUCAUCCUCAUCGUCUUCAUUAAAUAUGGAUCAAUCUCAAGUUGCAACGACUUCGUCUACGGAAUCACCAAGAAUAACAAAUACCCUUGAUAUCCAAAAUAAUCAAGAAUCUCGUUUAAAAAUUGAUAUUCUUCGACAUGUUGAACGCUUAUCCAAUCCAGUUUGGUACAAACAAUCACGCCAAGCACUGUUACAUUUAAAACAAAAACAUUCACAACUAUUUCAAGAUAUUUGUUUAUACUCCGAAGCAUGUUUAAUCUUAAGUAACGUCUCCAUGCGAUUAACUGGACGAAGAUUUUUACAAGAACUGUUUCAAGAUUUAAAUUUUGAAAGUAUAUUCAACGAACCCUCAACGAUAUUAACGUAUAAACGAUCACACUUAAAAGUAACGGAACCCCAGGCCACAGACACUACGAAAUCAAAACCGAUUAACAAUGAUUUACAAAUUUUACUAACACCAACGAAAACGGAUGAUAAUGAUUUCGUGAAAGUACGGUUUUUUAAUUCAGAUUCGGCACAACGUUCUGCUGAAUUAUCUGAAUUAAUGCAACAACAUAAUGAACAUACGAUGUCAUCUUCGACAUCGAAUAAUAAAGUGAUUGUUGCAUCGUUAAGUAAUAAAUCGAUAACAAAAGGUUUUGUGUUGGCAAAUAAUAAUAAUGAAUUUAGUGGUGGACCUAUGCGUAGUCCGCCGUUAGCGAGUGUUAAAGAAGAGACAUUGUCAAGUGUUGAAAAUUUGUUCGAUCAACCUCCACAACGUACAACAAGUGAUUUAAUAAGUCCACCCAGAGGACAAAAAACUUUAGUCGAUUCAUUAGGUUUAACAUGUAGUCAAAAUAAAUUUCCAAUUACAACACGUUUAGAUUCAUCGAGUUCCAUAAAUAAAAAUUGCAUUUCAACAGCGAAUGCUAUUGUCACAACCGUAACCAAGUGUGUUCCUUCUACUACAAUUACUACAACAGCAUCAUCAGCGGAAACAUUACCUACUACAACAAUUGUAAAAAGUCAAACUACAGAAUAAUAUAUUUAAAUUAAUUAA